AUGUGGUCAUUUCGUUUCGCGGAUCGCUGGGCGGCUGCGUUUGCCAAGGGGCCAACCGAGGGCAAACCUGCGAGGCGUGUCAGUCGAAAGUUGCCUCCGCGGGAGGUGAACCUGACGGCUUCGACCCCGACAGCGCCGGCGGCUGCACGGCAGGCCAAACCGGCCCGUCGUUGCAGACGCAAGUUGAAAUCGAAGGUGCAGCCGACAGGCUCAACACGAAAAACAGCGCCAGUGCCUCUACAGGAGGCACUGGGCUUGGACGCUUCCGCGGCGAGGCGCCUGGCCGAGCAGCUUCGGUCGCUUCCCAAGGCGGAGCUGAAGAGGCGCCUUCGUGUCCUCUGGGGCAUCGACGGUGCCGAGGAAGAGCCGGCGAGGAAGCGAGCGCGGCGAAGCAUAGCACAGAAGCCCACGAAGCUUGAUAGGGCUUCCAAGGCGUUUGCCCUGAGCAUGACUCCAAGUAGCUCCAGUGGGGAGGCCUACGUCAUGCCCGAGCCAGAGGUGGAACUGUUCGGUCUCGCGUGCGCAGACGCCGGGAGAUGCUUGUUGGUCUGGCUGGGCUUCGCCGACUGUUGCUGGCUGCGUGCAGCCUCAAAGUCAGCGGCGUCCGUGGUGAGGUAUGUCACAUGGCUCCGCUGCCGCGAGUUUGUUUACGACCCUAUCGAGUUCGAACCACGCUUCCAGAAAGGCACUCGCUCGGGCCGCGUGCGUCCAAUGUCGCAGGAUGCAGUCAGUCGUCGGCUGGUCCUCUUCUUGAGGCAGCCUCGUCACGCUUUCUUCAUCGAGAGCUUAGACCUCACCCAAGCACCAAUCUCGGCACUGGAAUCCGCAGAACUUCACGAGGCCUUGAGGAGGGCCAUGCCGCGCUUAGGCUCCGUGUUGCUGCCCACAGACGGCUGGAGUGCCCCAGCCGAGCGGAAGCGCGUCCUUGCCAACCUCUCCACAGCUGUUGAGGUGGCGUGGGACGGGGCCGGGCUGAGGACGAGCAAGAAGAAGGAGCCGGAGUGUUCGGACGGAGAUGGCGGUCGCAGCAGCCUUUCGCAGGCUGGUGACGCGUCUUCGGCCUCAGCUGUCGGGUCGCCGGUCCGUUUGCCGGAGCAUUCGCGGGCACGCUCUCGGUCGGCCUCUGCUGGACGACUGGGCCUUGAAGACUUGAUUCCGAACUGGUUUCGCCUUUCCUCGAAGGACCGAGGUUCUGUCUUCCGCGAGCUGCGUGAGGCGGUCGCGAAUGGCAGGCUGCCUCCCCGAGAAGGUACCCGCCGCUGGGAAUGGGAUCGCGAUGACCCCGCACUCGCCGUUGCCCGUGAAGCCUGCGUGGCAGCCGGAGUCUCCUGUGGUAGGGCUUAG